ACUAAAUUGCCCGACAAAUUGCAAAACGAUGAGGAAAGGGGACGCUGCCGUGCCCAAUUUGUUCCGCGAGGUCUCGCAUUACUCGGCCGAGUGAAUACGUGGAGUUUGGCCGGCCCAGCCUUGUGGGGGCCUGAGUCUCUGAAGCAAGAGCAAUUGCAACUGAGUUUUCCAGCGACCGUCCCAAUUGUUCAUGUCGCCAUGGAUCGUCGUCGGAUCGUCUGGUCGUUGGCCGUCUUUGCAUUUCGCAUGAAUUCUCUUCGUCCAAAGUCUUUUGAGCGGCUUCUUGGGGAAAACAUCGACAGGCUCGACAAACUUGCUCGCGACGGGCACUGGCCAUCGUUCCAAUUCACGGCUUGGCCGAUCCUAGGGUCGCCAUGCGCGAGGGCGUUGUGGUGGACGUGUCUUCAGUCACACGUUGCCCAAGAGCCGCGAGUCUCAAACAGUUGGUGCCGGAACCCUGCGACUAACAUCGUUUCACAGCUGGGGGUCUCUUAUCACGGCCAGCCAAGGAGGCAUAAAGUCUGUCCAUGUUCGGAACGAACAUGCACGUUCUAG